AUGAUUGUAUGUACUACCACAUCAACACUUUCCCAGCGUUUUGUCUGAAAACAUCCCGAUACAGAUCGCAAUCAUAUUCGUUGGUAAACAAAGAACUCUCCGUUCGAUUCAUCUUCCGUCCCGUCUUCCGUUACAAAAAGCGAAGCGAAAACGUUUUCCGUCAUCUCAUCUAUUCCACUUUUCAACGGACAGAGAGAUGAAGGAAAAUUAGAAGAAAAGAGAAGAGAAGAGAAUUGAAAAUUUCUGCGGCCCCUCGCUGCCAUCGAGAUGUCUUCUCUUUUUCUCUGUCUUCAGCCAUUUUUUUUUGCUGGGUCGCAGUCGUGUCGCCAUUGUGUAACGCUAUAAAUUGCGGCCUCCAUCCAGUCGUUAGGCGCCCUCUCUGUCUUAUAUUUUCGACAUUUGCAGAUAAUUUUCUACCGUAAACCGCCAAAUUUUUGGUCUCACACCAAUUCUCUUCUCAUCUCUUCUUAUCUUAUCUCGAAAGAAGAAGAAGAAGAGAGAAAGAAGAAGAUGAGAACGACGUAUUCUUCACGACGCCCCCGCCUAUCUCUGCCGUCGUCAACCUUUGUUCGCGCAGUCAUUUUCACUAACAUUUACUUCUAUCCUCUCAAUUUCCUGUCAAAAUAGCCUGCCAAACAGAGAAAACAAUGAAAAGAUAAAAAGUUUCCCGCAUUGAGACCGACUAAGAGCCUAUUUUGAAUCAAAAUGAAGCUGGCGCCGCCCGUCGGCUUCUGUUUUCAUUAACGGAGCUUUCCCGCCGAAUUCAUGAACGCACAUUUUCAUUUCGAUAUUGAAAUUUUCCAAUUUUCAGAGUCAACUCGGAAAGAUGUCGGAGGAAUCUGAACCUGGGACCAAACCGCCGACCGACUUCUCGGAGUUCAAUCGGCAAGAACGGAAAAGGCGGCAGGAGGAGGAAGAGGCAAAGGCGAAUGGGGAGCAGCCAAUAGCCAAGAAACCGGUUGAAGAACACCGCAAACUGACACCGAAUCAGGAGCGCCGCAUUCGGGAAAGAUUGGAACAGGCGGCAGCGCUCUGGGCCAUCAUUAUCAGUCAGCCGGAUGAAGAAGAAGAAGAGGAGCCGGAGGCGGUGGUCAAGUUGCGAGAAAUUGAGCGAUUGAAACAGGCCUGCAAGGAGCAUAUCGAGAAGAGGAAGAAAAUCAUUCGAGAAGGAAACGAAUUGAAUCUGCCGAUGGCUGGUGAGUGCUUUCAACAUUAUUGAUCCAAUCGCAGAAUAUUCUAUUCCAGAAUUCGAAUCUCUGCCACCCUACGACAGAAAGCGCAUCGAGUUCUUUGAGGAUCUGGAAGGAGCUCAUAUAAUGAAUCUCAAUUCGACAGUGAGGGACUUCAUCGAUAUGCGCAUCGAGUGUUCCCCAUUUGAUGACAUUGUCCUCGGCUACCAAGUACUUCUGGAGAACUAUGACCCAAUUCUAGACCACGAUUUAUUGUUUUUGUCCCUCUACCAAAAUAGCCCUCAGCUGAAAGAGUGGGAGAGAUGGGUGCUGUUUGGAUGUUAGGUGCUCAACUUGUUUUUAUGCGUCAAUUGUGUGUUGUAUGACAGAGAAGACUCCACUAGCAUCUAUUAUAAGUUUUCAUGCUGAUUUCUAAAUCCCGGUUUAAAGUUGCUUUCGUUUGUGAUAAUGGUAAGUGAAUAAAGUUCAUAUGUAUGCAUAAAUAAAACUUUAUGGAAACACGUUGUUUUACUUUCGUUCGUGUUUUCUCCUUCAUAACCCUUCUCAACGACAGAAACCUGACCGAACAUACGAAAAGAGAGAAAGGCGGGUUCAUAGACAGUUUUCCUCUUCAGCGUCUUCUGUUGUAUUGUUCGAUGAUGGAUGACGUGAGGGCAAACUGCUAUCAUUGCUUCUUUUCAGAUCAAAGUUUCGGGUAAUGAGACUUGAAAAAAGUGCAGAAUAAAGGCUGAAGAAGGCAAAACACUGACGAGUCAAUCGCUUCUGAGCGGGGCCGAAGCGUAUCUAACAUCACAAUCCGAAGUGAGUAAGCCGAGGCGUCACUAUUCAGACCGCGGCGGGAUUGAAAAGGGACCGAAGUACCGAACACACCAAUCAACCACGCUUCUGCUGUUUUUCUUGGAGAGCAGGAGUAAUCACAAACGAUGCAAUUGCUGUCUUUUCCAGUUGUUGUGCGCAUCCACGGCGGCCGAGGGACUAGAAAUUUCACGUCUCGGACUCCCCUCGGACAAGAUAAUGUUUUAGAUUUCUACCUUUGUUAGGGGUUUCUUCGCCGUCAGCGCUGUUUUUCGCCAUUUUUAACAGCCAAAUCGCUGAAAUACUCUCGACGGAGCCAGGUGCGUCAUUUUUAAUGCUAUUUUAAAGCAAUUCAUCGUCAUUUCAGUGAUUUUGAGCAGGCGAAAUGUUGUGAGAGUUGCUGUGAGAUGAAAACAAAUACAAAACGAAAUGCAACUGGGUGGAAUGAGCUUCAUGAUGUGGAACACUUCGAGCUGGCCCUAUACACCGCCAUGAAGACCCAUCGAAGGUUUGCUUAUCUCGUCCAAGACUUCGAUAAGCCAAAACAAACUUUCGGGUGUUGAAUCUCACUUUCGACUCAUCUUUCUGCGCGCCCGGACAUUGAAAGUGAAAUUCGAUGCUUUACAAGAAGAACGCUAAUCAUUUUGAAAACUGCCAGGCUGGAAAGGAACCGUCGCGGUGGAGUUUAAAUAGCUUUCGUAUUCUCGAAGACCACGUCGUGAGUUUUUUUUUAGUAAACUAGAAAUAUCUUUCGAAAAGUCAAUAAUAUCUUGACGGAUUCCGGCCGAAGACUUUUGGAAGUAGUGAGCUCGUCUUGCACAACUCGGUUCCUUUUUCUCUUUUUUCUUCUUCUUUGAUGUUACUUUUUCAGCUUCGACAAUGUCAUCUUGACGAACACCGGCCUCCCAGCAGUCGGGCUACCGAGCGUCAUCGAGAGCAAUCGCUUCACCGCCGCCAGAUCAGCUCCAACUCUGCUGAACUCUGUGUGGUGCCGGAUCCAGAUCCGGUACCGCAUGUACCGACGCCGCGCCCCGAGUAAUUCGCGUUAG